CAGUGACUCCGCGCGUAACGACAUGUAACCGGUGGAUAGAUCUUCAGAGUGUUAUGUCAUCGAUGACAAUUGUUGGACAGGCACGAAUUCGUGGCGGAGGAUUCGUGUAUGGCCAAGGAUAGUGUGGUCGGAGCAACUCGGGCAGAAAUCUCGCGGAAAAGGGGGAGAAGAGAGCGCGCUUGCUUGGAAACGGACCUUGAAGUCGCGAAGUCGGGACAGUGGAAAGGAUUAAAGAAUUUCGAGGAGAGAGAUUUAGGGUGCGACAAGGCCGGCGCAACCACCGUGUAAGCAGCGAGAGAGAGAAUAGCGCCGGUGGAGAGAGAGAAGCGAAUGGUUCGAGAGAAGCUCGAUGGGUCGAACAUACUCAGUGCUGCCAGCCGUAAGCUCGACGGAGUCGACGCCGCAAGCUCGAUGCAAAUCGACGUUGUAGAUAGCUCGAUGAAAAUCUAGCUAGCUGAUCCUCUGUUCUCGCACUGUAUCGCGGCUCGAUAGCCGGGUGAACGUCGUGGACCUGCUGCAUCGGUGAUCAGACACCUUCGCGAUCCCGGUGUUGUUAUCCCGAACGGUGAUAAACCGGUGAAACCGCGGACCUCUGUUUUUGCCCAGUGUCGACGAACUCGUCCGAGGUCCUCUUAUCGCGGAGGUUAGGAAAGAGGAAUAGGAGGAGGGAAAAAGGAAUAAGGAGCCAAGCGGUGGACACCGGGGCAACGGAAACGUCGAGUAGGAAGAGCGUGGCCUAUGUGUCCGGUGGAUCUGGCUCGCGGAAGUGCUGGGUCAACAAUGUCAAUGCCCUUAAGAUCGAUCGUUGGUUGCUCGAAACUGACUGGUUUGUUAAUGGACGGUGAGAAAUUGACUUCAGGGUGAGUCGAAAUUGGCCGGGGUGAGUCCCAGGCACCCAUGAUACGAGCUAAUUACUUGGUAGAUGGAGCUGUGUAGUUUAGAGGUAUCACGGAGUACGCUUAACGACCAAUCGGGCGAUGUAACCGUGGCUAAGAAGACUGUCCCUCGUGAGUCAUCUAAGGUAGAGAUCUCGAUGUAUAGAAAAUAUUUUAAGUACCAGUUUUAGAUACAACGUAGACCGGCCGGUUGAGAAGUUAUUUAACGCGAUUGGUAGAACAGGAACAGUUGCCAGAAGAAGUCGUCUCGGUGGACGGGUGGCAGAGUAAUAACCGCUCGUUGGAUGGAGUGAUGAGCGGGGCCCCUGCACGGGGCACAGCGCCCCGUCGUCAAAGACGUCAUCAUCAUCACCAUCACCAUCAUCAAAAACAUCAGAAGCAGCUUCGGGAAGAGCAGUCGGAGGAGCCGGAAGAAAAACGGCCGAAGGUGAAUCCGAUUUUUCUCUGGGCCUCGCAGAGAGAACAGAGGAUCGUGGAGGUGAGAUGCGAAGAUUACGACAAGAGGAAUCGUAUCAAGCUGACGAAGACGGCGCAGGGAUGGCGUUCAAUACCGAGGACAGCGUCCAACAUGUACUCGGCUGGCCUGGGUGUCACCUGCCAGAAGACCAGCAGCGCGAACUCUUCGAAUUCGUCCGACACAAGCGAAGAAAAAGACACGGGCAAGCAGACAGGUCACCUCGCGUUGAAUCUUCAACGUAUCCCUGCGGAGGAGCUGGCAAACGGCCGGACCAACGGUCUGAUCGGCAGAGACGGUGUUGGAAAGAAGAGAAGUUACGAUGAGAUUAGCAGGAGGAGCAAGCAUCGGCGAGAUUAUGGUUUCCCUCUGGAAGAGAUGCGCAAUAACGCAAAGAUGAAAACGAACUGGGACGAGGACCGAAGAAGAGUGCCAUGCUCUGACGACGACGAGAACGACGACGAUGACGAUGAUGAGGAAGAGGAUGACGAGGAUGAAGAGGAGAAGGAAGAGGAGGAAGACGACGACGAGGAGGAGGAGGAAGAGGAGGAGGAAGAGGAGGAAGAAGAGGAGGAGGAGGAAGAGGACGAAGAGGACGAUGAGAAUGAAAACGAGAUGAAGGAAGAGAAUAGGUUGGAGAAAGAGGUGGAAGGCGGCAACGGGAGAAACAACCUCGAAAGGCUGCAGAAAGAUAAGUUGUUCCAACCGCGAGUGGUGCUGGAACAGCUACACUUUUCUCAAUUGCCCGAGGGCGUUCAUCAGAAUGUCCUUCAGAGGCGGGGGAAAGACGAGAGGGGGCAGAACGAGGAUGAUGUUAUCGCCGCUGAAGAGAAGCCAGCGGUAGAUAAUGAAAAAAGAAGGCACGUGAACAAGGCAGGCAUUCAGGACAUAUUGAACAUGAUCGAUGUCACGGCCUCGCCGGUUCUAGCUACCGAUACACCUAGCGCCGAUCUGCCCGUCGACUCGACGAAAACGUACGAGGUUCUCAGCGAGAACCUCCAUAGUAAAGCUAGUGAGAGCAAAAUCAAAGAUUCUAACGCAACUGUACUCAUGGAAUUAUCGAAUAAGGUUAAGGAACAUUCGAGGAUAGACGUGAUCUCCAGCUAUCAGCGAGGGAACCUCGUUGGCAACCUCGUGAACGAUACUUCCGAUGAUAAGAUAGAGAUACACGAGGAGAAAAUCCUCGCCAACUACGACACGCAAAGCGAAGAAGAGAAGAAACCUCAGGUCAAGGACGACGUGAUCAUCGUCUCCAUAAAGAAUAGCAGUUCGGACUCGAAGUCUUGCAAGAUCGCCGAAGCAGACGGUGGCAUUGGAAAUCGACCAAAGUGUAAAUCGAAUUCAAAGUGGCAAAACGUGGUGCCCGUCGUCGACGAUACGCAGUUAGAAGCUGAAGAGGAGAGACCGGACGAACCUGGAGAACCGGUGAAAAUGGACUAUAACGAUAGCUCGAAGAUUCUAAACGCACUGAGGAAUACGCCAGGUCUGUCGGUUUCCAUCACCAGAACUCAUACACCGGAGAGUACGAAGAACGUGGCGAUGUCGUUGACUAGACCAGCGUCGAAGGCAUCGUCUUCUAGCCGAUCGCCUGAUUCUCAAGCGGAAUGCGUGGAGAGAUUGCUAAAGAACGCGGAUUCCGUAACGGAAACUCAAGGCACCGCGUCCCCAAAGAACCUUCCAGGUUUGUCGAUUAUAAUCCCUAGUUAUCGAUACCGAAAUUCCCAGUUAAUCGCGAACCAUUCGACCUCACCGAGCACGAAAUCACGCGUCGAGUCUCCUGAGAGCACGGUGAAUUUUCCCAAGAAUGAGGCUUACGCGGACGAAUCGAAGUUGGACAGGUUUCCCCACGAGGAGGACGAGGAUGAGAGGGACAUGGAGGAAGACGAGGACGACUGCGAUUCGCAAGUGCUGGAGGAUUUGAGGCGACAGAAAGCCGACUCGUUAGCCUACGAGUCCGACAGGGACUACUUCCACAGGCAAACUCUGGGAAACCCGGAGGAUCGUAAGACUCCUCUGGAGAACACGAAAAAUCAGGCUCACUGGAUUAGCUCGAGCAGAAAUAGCGAGGCCCAAGCGAAAUGCAAGUAUCAGGAUGUAGAACAUUUCGACGAGCAAGUCCUCGAGGAACUGAGAACUCGUGGCACCGUUGUAUCGCCGCAGCCAAGUGGAAUUCCAUGUUCUCCGGCUUCCAGGAGGCCCUCUUCUGCGUACCUCGAGAGGUUACUACCUAGUCCUCCGUGUUCCGUGUCCUGUUCAGAGGACGCGAAGAACGAUUUAACGUUGAAGGGUAUCCUGUCGUCGCCGAAUCAGCUGGAGGUGAGAGACUACGAGAAGCAGAAGGAGAUCUCUAAUCGCUGCGAUCAGGUACCCAGUGAUCAUCUUCCUACCCGUGCCGAUCACACGAAGGACGUUGAAAGGAGUAGCGCAAAUAGGAAAGGAAACAGAAGCUUUCAAGAACGACUAAGCGUGCAUAACCAGGAGAUGAGGAACUCGGGCAGACCAAUGUCCAGUGGUGAUAUCUAUAGUACGUACUUCGUGACGGAUCGUGCCACACCCAAGAGACCAAUGUCUGCCGAGUGGUCGGUCGGUAGACACAAAAACCAAUCGAGUUCCUAUCAAAAGUCCUCUGGCAAGCUUCGAGUGCACGCUACGGACGAGUCUUGUGCCACGUCCAGUAGCACUGACAAGCUUCUGGAUCCUGCUAGUCAGCUUAGAGAAUUGAUCGAGACGUCCGGACAUCUGAUUCCGGAUCCCCUCCUGGUACCAGGGGACUGCUUGCCAGGUCUCGCGGCAGCGCCGGCCAUUGAAAUCCCCAAACUGUUGGCCUCGAGACCAGAACUCAGGCUACCAGAGGUACUCACCAGGCCGGAUCCCGACAGAGAUACCGAUUUAUUCGUGAUAUACCUGGCUCAUCUUCAGUACUUCCUCGAUCACGGCGAAGGUCCGGUCUCCAGGUCGCAACAGUCGCAUCCAAGAAUCAACAACGGCACUAACAAAGGGCCCGGUCACGCGAGCAACGGGACGAAACACGCGUUGCAAACGAGGCCCAAGCUCAGCUGCAAACCAAUCGGCACGCUAAUGCCCGCGCCGAUCGAUCUGUCCAGUAGCCGAAGAUCCACCACUUAUCUACCGUUGCUCAGCGUAAGGAACGGAUUACUUAAGCAGGAACCGGAAGUCAGCUCCACAGCCAGCUCGCCCGAUGAGUCGCAACUUUGGCAUCCUCUAUUCGGCAGGUAA